AUGUUGCCGAAAAGUUAAAGUUUAUAUUUUCAUCCACCAUUGCAAGUACUAAGUACCAGAAAUAUCUAAACUGAACCUGAGAUCUCAAAAUAAUAACAUACCACAGAGCCUCAUAAGAAAUAUAGUGUUAUAACUGAUGAGAAAAGGAAUUUCCUCAUUAAAUAGGUCUUAGAGGAAGGGGUUUCAGUCAAAUAGGCUGCUUAAACUAGUGAAAUUAAAUUAUCGACUGCCAAAGCCAUUUUGAAGACUUACAAAACCUAAGGGAGAGUUGGCAAAAAGAAAGAGCGCUAAAAACGACCAAAGUUGAACAGAAAAACUGUUGAAAAACAAUUAGAUUAAGCAACAUUAAUUAAGAAGUAAUUGCCCAAACUUGGUCAAAAUUUGAUUUACUACCCAUACAGCUAUUAACCUCCCCCACUAUUUUAUAAAAUAGAGUAUUCUAAUGAGGUUAAAACAGAAAUUUGA